AUGUCUGAUAUCGAAACCCAAGAAGUUAGGCUUCUAAAACCUAAAUCUACCCUUGGGCAAUCAAUCUUUAAUUUUUGCAAUGUUUUAAUGGGCGUUGGAAUCCUUUCAUUACCUCUCGCAUUGAAAUAUACAGGAUGGAUUAUUGGGUUAUCAUUAUUAUUUUUCUGUAUGGCAGCUACAAAUUACGCAGCAAAGUUAUUG